UCUGUGCAGAGAGAGUGUAUCUCCAUCCAUGUGGGUCAGGCAGGUGUGCAGACAGGUAACGCCUGCUGGGAGCUAUUCUGUCUCGAGCACGGUGUCGGUCCUGACGGGGUCUUCCUGGACGAUCCUGCAGAACCGAACUCUCGUGAAGACCCGUUCAACACUUUCUUCAACACUGGGAGCUCUGGGCGUCAUGUUCCCCGAGCCUUAUACGUCGACCUGGAGCCCACAGUGGUUGAUGAAGUGAGGGUUGGAAAGUACAAAGAGCUCUUCCACCCGGAGCAGCUGAUCUCUGGAAAGGAGGAUGCAGCCAACAACUAUGCCCGUGGCCAUUAUACUGUGGGAAAAGAAAUCAUUGAUGCAGUCAUGGAGCGUGUCCGCAAAAUGACGGACCAGUGCACAGGCCUGCAGGGUUUCCUCGUCUUCCACAGUUUCGGAGGAGGAACCGGCUCUGGCUUCACCUCCCUGCUGAUGGAGCGUCUCUCUGUCGACUAUGGCAAGAAAUCCAAGUUGGAGUUCGCCGUUUACCCAGCUCCACAUGUGUCCACUGCUGUGGUGGAGCCCUACAACGCCAUCCUGACCACCCACACCACCUUAGAGCACUCCGACUGUGCCUUCAUGGUAGACAACGAGGCCAUCUAUGACAUAUGUCAACGUAACAUGGAUAUCGAGAGUCCUGGCUACAUCAACCUCAACAGAUUGAUUGGUCAGAUUGUCUCCUCGAUCACUGCCUCCCUUCGUUUCGAUGGCGCCCUUAAUGUUGAUCUGAUGGAGUUCCAGACCAACCUGGUCCCGUUCCCACGUAUCCACUUCCCUCUGGUGACCUACUCGCCCAUCAUCUCCGCUGAGAAGGCUUACCAUGAGCAGCUGACCGUGUCUGAGAUCACAAGCGCCUGCUUUGAGCCGACCAAUCAGAUGGUCAAGUGUGAUCCUCGUCACGGCAAGUACAUGGCCUGCUGCAUGCUGUACAGAGGUGACGUCAUCCCAAAGGAUGUCAAUGCUGCCAUCGCGAGCAUAAAGACAAGACGCUCCAUUCAGUUUGUCGACUGGUGCCCAACUGGCUUCAAGGUAGGCAUCAAUUAUCAGCGUCCGACUGCAGUUCCCGGUGGAGACCUGGCCAAAGUGCAGAGGGCCGUGUGCAUGCUGAGCAACACCACCGCCAUCGCUGAGGCCUGGUCUCGUCUCGAUCACAAGUUUGACCUCAUGUACGCUAAACGUGCCUUCAUCCACUGGUACGUGGGUGAAGGCAUGGAGGAGGGAGAGUUUGCAGAGGCCAGAGAGGACCUGGCCUGUCUUGAAAAGGACUACGAGGAGCUGGGUGACAUGCCCUACGAUUCUGAAAACGAGGACGAAGAAUACUGA